UUGUACUGUUAUCUCCCGAUUCGUUCCUCUCUCUCAGUUUCCUCUUAAUUUUGUUUUCUUUAAAAAGGAAAAAAAAAAAAAAAAAACACGCGAAAAAAAUUAAACUGCACCACUUCACUUUGAUAUUUUAAAUCGGUGGGCAAACAAAUUGAAGCGGGGGAAAGUAGAGCAAAAAACUCAACGUAAAUGGCGGCCUCUUCGCCGGCCCUAAGUAACAACACCUCCGAUACUCACACCACAACCGCCGCCACUUUGCAUCGCGACACGCCGCCCAAAACCCUCCGCGGCCUCAAUAAGCCCAAGUGUAUUCAGUGCGGCAACGUUGCUCGCUCUAGGUGUCCCUACCAGUCAUGCAAGAGUUGCUGUUCAAAAGCACAAAAUCCAUGUCAUAUUCAUGUUUUGAAAGCAAAUGCAACUUUUCCAGACAAGGCACCAACUUCAAGCGCCCCUUCACUUGAGCAAAAGUCAAGCGAUGUCUCUCAUGCUGGGAACUCACUUAGAGUUGCAUCACUUCGGCAACUUUCCAACAAUUUUGCUCAAUUCAACAAUGUCCAAAUGCCACUGCGAUCAAGGAAACCAUUGACCAGAAAGGAUGCCGCACUUAUAAAUGAAUGGAGAUUUUCCAAAUUAAAGGAAUACCGGGAUAGAAAUAUUGAAGUGGAAAAUGAAUCUUUUGACCGUUACAUGCAGAAUGUUAGUUUGCUGGAGGAGGUAUUUUCUGCGAAAUCUGUUCUGGAAGGGACCAAUGAGGACGAGUCCUCUAUAUCAAACCCUAAUUCUACUUCUGUUGAAGAAGACAGUGAAAUGAUGAUUUUGGGGCUGAAGUCGAAGCUAAGAUCAAAUCCAACAAAAAGUGAGAACUUUAGAAAGAGGAUAGAGCAAAUUGUUGAUCAGGGUUUAAAGAAGUUACAAAACAACGAGUUAAAUGACGAGGAUAAUGGUGGGCUUAAUGAUGAAAGUGAACUUGAGAAAAGUCCAAAAAAGGCAAAAUUUUGGUGGUCCGAGAAGGCUUCAGCUUUAAGUGAUAUUAUUGACAAGCUGAACAAAGCCCGUAGUGAAGAGGAUCCCAAGUCUUACUCAAAGUUAAAAUCCCAGUUAUAUAAGUCUAGUAAAUCUGGAACCGAAGGGGACGGGUCUACAAAGGAAACUAUGGAGCUAACCAAGCAGAAUGACUUGGAAUCAAGAAAAGAAUCAGGUUAUUCUUUGCCAAAAUUGUUUACAACAACUGAAAUUGAUCAAGAAACAAUUAACAAUGUUGAUGUACACUUCUCCUCCCUUGAGAAUAUAGAAGAUCUAUGAUUCGAGGGAAGAUGUCUCGAUGAGGAAUAGGCCAUGGAUUAGACUGUAGACUAGUUAUUUGCCAGGAUCAUAGACCAACUGAUGUUGUAAUGCUGUGAUUUAAUAUGAUGAUUAGAGUUAGUGCCA